AUGAGAAACGGGACCGCAGUUGUCGUGGCAAACAAACCAUUAACCGAUCCUGAUGAUCAUCAUAUUUUGAUGAAUGUUAGUGUUGUUGCUUUUGAUGCGUCGUCAGCAUUUGAAAAAGGAGAUUGUGUUGUGAAUGAUGAAGGACACAAAAGCCUCGUCACUAUCAUUUGGCAAAAGCAAAUGCCCUGCCCUCGUAAACUAAAACAUCGACAUGGAGAAAGAAGAAUCGUUGAAGAUGGCUCUUCUCGAUGGACACAAUUGCAACCGCAUCGGUCCCAACCACGAUCUACAAGAAAUGCUAAUCAAUGGGACGAUUCCUUGUCUUCAUUGAAGACAAAGGGAAUGAAAGCAAAUCUCAUUGAAGAUAUUAAUCAAUGUUGGUGA